UGUAACUCUUGGCGAAUCUACGAAGACGUGCAGGGAUCAUGGGAGUCGAUUGCUGGUAUAAUUCGCUAUGUCGAGCAGAAUCAGGAUGUUCUAGCCGAUGCGCAAAAGCCAGGUGGAUGGAACGAUCCAGAUAUGCUCGUUGUUGGUUUGCCAAAUGUUACUGUCGAUCAAGCAAUGGUUCAAAUGACUUUAUGGUCCAUGUGGUCCGCUCCAUUGAUCAUGUCAAACGACUUAAGAACUUUGAAACCAGAAUUCAAGCAAAUUCUGCUAAAUCGUGACGUUAUCGCCAUAGAUCAAGAUCCUAUGGGAAUAAUGGGAAAACUGGUUCGAAAAACGAAAUCCAUAGGCAUCUACUUAAAACCAGUAACGCCUCUACGUGGUGAGGAAACCUCCUAUGCAUUGGCUGUGGUGAACAAAAACAUACUAGAAGUUAAGACAAAAUCCAUAGGCAUCUACUUAAAACCAGUAACGCCUCUACGUGGUGAGGAAACCUCAUUUGCAUUGGCUGUGGUGAAUAAAAACAUACUAGAAGUCAAGACCGUCCAGUUCAGUCUCAAAUCACUUGGCAUUUCAAAUGAAGAGUCGUAUCAAGUCAGAGACCUUUGGGCAGGUGAAGACACAGGAACUGUGACAGCACCUUACGUCUUUGAAUUUAAACUACGUCCCACAUCAGCUGUUAUGAUAAAGUUAACUCUUAUUUGA